AGUACCCACCCUCACUCAUCCAUGGGAAACAGCAAAAGUGGUUCCCUGUCUAAAGAGAUCUUGGAGGAGCUGCAGCUGAAUACCAAAUACAAAGAGGAGGAAUUAUGUGCCUGGUACCAGUCCUUCCUGAAGGAGUGCCCCAGUGGCAGGAUAACCAAACAGGAGUUUGAGAGCAUCUACUCCAAAUUUUUUCCAGAUGCAGACCCGAAGACGUAUGCCCAGCAUGUGUUCCGCAGUUUCGACACAAACAGUGAUGGGACCCUGGACUUUAAGGAAUAUAUCAUUGCACUCCACAUGACCACAACUGGCAAAACCAACCAGAAACUGGAGUGGGCGUUUUCCCUCUACGACAUAGAUGGCAAUGGUGCCAUCAGCAAAAAUGAAGUCCUUGAGAUCGUCAUGGCCAUUUUCAAAAUGAUCCAUCCUGAUGACCUGAAGCAACUUCCAGAUGAUGAAAAUACUCCUGAAAAAAGAGCUGAGAAGAUCUGGUCCUUCUUUGGAAAGAAAGAUGAUGAUAAACUUACAGAAAAAGAAUUUAUUGAAGGAACACUGGCUAAUAAGGAAAUUCUUCGACUAAUCCAAUAUGAGCCACAAAAAGUGAAGGAGAAGCUUAAAGAAUAAAAAUCCCUGAUGCCAAUUCUCAAGCCACACUGCCCUCUCCCAUCUCACUUAUUGCUACUCCAGUUUCAUAAUUCCCCUCAAAAAAAAUUCAGAGAAAAUCUCCCUGUAUCCUCAUCCUCCUUUUUGGACCAUCAGGUUCAGAAGUGAAGUCACCUCACCUGGACUGAGUACCACCUUAUCUUGUUUGUUCAAUCUUUAGUAAAUGGCAAAUUCCUCACCUGGUUUCUCCACCUUUCUUGCCCCAACCCCAACCCAUGCCUCUUAGGCUUCUCAGUGAUAAUCCCAGUAUUAAGACAUAGUGCUCAGAAAGGAAUGAAGGUCACCCUUCUGUAAUCUCCUUUGAGUCUACAGUGUCAGCAUGUUUCAAUAAAUGUGAGAGAUAAUGGGAAUAUAACUGGGCAAAGUCUGAUGGUGACUUGGAAAUAAAAAAGAUUUCUGGAUGUAAGACUUAAAAUGACCAAGGACUCUGAGUUUUGGGACACAGGCACUUAAGAUAAAUAGGUUUCUGAGACAAAUAAUUCAUAAAAAGAAGUUUUACUGUUUUCAUACUGUUCCUUUCAUUAUCACUAAUGCCAAGGGUUAGAACUGCUUGAUCUUCCUUACCACUCCACUACACAUACAUAUUAAGGUCUUCCCCAAGUAAUUUUAGCUACAUUCCUUAGAGAAAGAAUCUAGUCUAUAAGACUUUAAAAUUGAUAGAAACUUUAAAGAUCACCUCAUCUAAUCUCCUGUCUUUAACAUAAGCAAAGUGAGUCCCAGAGAUUUGCUUGAGGUAGUGAGUCUUUUAAUUCCAAAUCCAGUGUUCUUUUGACCAUGAAUAUUCAUAUACCCCAUUCAUAUACCACAGCUUGUUCAGACAUUCUUCAAUAGGUAUAGAGCUGGAGGUAUAUAGCUCACUUUAGAAAAUACUUGUAAAUUUAGUCAUCCUCAAUUUGCAGAUGAGAGAAUAAGGUGUAAAUUAUCCUUUUCAAAUUUGACUGGGACACAUUUUAAAAAUUAGGUUGAUGACAACAUUCAGUGGAGAAUAUUCAGAAUGAUGAAGGGACAAAUAUUCAUACUAUAUGAAGGAGCUGUUGUAGGAAGUGGUGAGGUUUAGGCUGGAGAAGAGGAGACUUAGCAAGGACAUAAUAUUAAUAAUUACAAAUUAUUAUUAUUGCUAGCAUUUUUGUAUACUGCUUUAAGAU